AUGGCAGCCAGCCAGCUUCACCAUUUCCUAAGGAGCAUCUCGUUUAACAACAGUGCUGGAGACAAGGUGUCUUUUGAUGAGAAGCAUGAAUUGGCAGCUGGAUUUGAUAUUAUUAACUGGGUUACAUUUCCUAACAAAUCCUUCCAAAGAGUGAAAGUAGGAAGAAUGGAUCCCCAGUCAGCAGCACCAGACAGAGAUUUCUCCAUCAGUGAAAACAUCAUUACCUGGCACAGCAGUUUUAACCAGGUUAUGCCCCUAGCCCUGUGUAAUGACCACUGCCAUCCAGGUUACAGAAAACAAAAGAAAGAAGGGAAGCCAUUUUGUUGCUACGACUGUGUCCCAUGUUCUGAGGGGAAGAUUUCAAACCAAAAUGAUAUGGAUGACUGUUUCAGAUGUCCAGAAGAUCAAUUUCCUGAGAAGAAAAAUCAAUGCCUUCCCAGGCAUCUAAAUUACCUUUCUUAUGAGGAACCUUUGGGCAUCAGCUUAACUGUUAUAGCUUUGUCAUUGGCUCUGAUCACAAUUCUGGUGCUUGGAAUCUUUAUGAAGCACCGGAACACUCCCAUUGUCAAAGCCAACAACCGUGACCUUACCUACUGUCUUCUCAGCUCCCUCCUGCUCUGCUUCCUCUGCUCCCUACUAUUUAUUGGCCAACCUCAAAUAUUGACCUGCCAUCUACGACAAACUGCUUUUGGUAUCAUCUUCUCAGUGGCCGUUUCUUCUGUGCUGGCAAAGACCAUCACUGUGAUGCUGGCUUUCAUGGCCACCAAGCCGGGUUCCAAUUUGAGAACAUGGAUGGGGAAGAAAUUCGCCAACUGUAUUGUUCUUGGCUGUACAUUCAGCCAAGUAAUUAUUUGCUUGGUAUGGCUAUGUACCAAUCCUCCGUUUCCAGAACUAGACAUGCAUGCUUUCCCUGAGGAAAUUGUAGUGGCAUGUAAUGAAGGAUCUGCCAUCAUGUUUUACUGUAUCCUUGGGUACAUGGGUACUCUGGCUCUUGUCAGCUUUGUUGUGGCUUUCUUUGCUAGGAAGCUCCCAGACACUUUUAAUGAAGCCAAGUUUAUCACUUUCAGCAUGCUGGUCUUUUGUAGUGUGUGGGUAUCUUUUGUCCCAACUUAUCAAAGCACCAAAGGGAAAUACAUGGUGAUUGUUGAGAUCUUCUCAAUUUUGACCUCCAGCACUGGAUUACUUAGUUGUAUCUUUCCCCCAAAAAUAUACAUACUUCUCCUGAGGCCUGAACUAAACAGUAAGGUGCACCUAAGGGGUAAAAAGUAACUAUGUAACAGCCCAUUUCAAUCCACAUUUAAUAAUAUUUACUAAGAAAUAAAUCUGUUGAAUUCAAUUUAUGUAAUUUCCAGUAUGGGUAAGAAGUGUUUCAACCAAAAUAUUGGCCUCUUUUACAUUUUCUUCUCUUAUACUUGCAGCACGCUAUGUUCAUCUUAUAGCUAAUACUGAGAAGGUAUAUUUAGAAUUUAUCUCUCCCUAAUGCCAUCAUGUUUCCCCCUUCAUACUUGGAAUCAAGAACAAACAUGUGACACUUCUGUGCUAUUAACCCAAAGUGUUGGUUAUUACAGAUGUCUAUGUCAGGAUUGGGGAAUUGCUUCUCACUGAGGUAGUGCACAUGAAGGUCUUCAGGUGGGGAUGGUGGGCUGGGAGAAGCAGAAGUAGUAGAAGGGGGGGACCUUCUUUCCAAAUGAUUAAUUACCCUAGGGUCAGGAGGUCAGGCUUACGUCAUAGGUGUAGGUUCCUAGAUCACGUGUUUCAUCUGUGUGGCGGGCAUGACACAUCAGGUUUUAUUUUUAAUUGUGUGAUGGGGGCAUGUGAGAGCUGUGGUAGUGCUUAUAUAGGAGAAGGGGCAGUUUUGGAGGGGUAGCGCUGUGGGGGAGAAACAUGGUGAUGAAAUUUUAGUAACUUCCAGAAAAGUCUAUGGAGCAGUGUCCUUCAGCCCCAGUGGAAGAUUGGGAGAUGUCAGAAAUAUGGGAUGAGAUGUCAAUUGCAACAGAGAGAGUGCAGGUAACUUAUCUCUUCCUGUAAGGAUGGGGUGUGUGGUGGAUCUGAUACAAAAUUAAGACUUGUUCUUUUUUUUCCUAGCAGUCUGUACAAAGUGAAAGAACUAUGUGGAAGGUGGUUUUGCAGCGACAAACACCUGAACCACAUGUUAACUUAAGAAAAUAGUUAGGCUUAUUUAUUGAUUAUGAUG